AUGCCGCGUGCUGGUUUACGCAAUAGUCUUGUGGAACCACCAAGACCAACGGAAGAAACUCUUCCAAUAAUAAAAAGUCGAAAACGUACACGAAAAAUUCUUCAUCCAAUUGCAACCGACACCGAAAUUCGUGCGGAAGUUUCAUGCUCCUCUCCUGCGCCUUUAACAGAUAGUGCAUGCGCAAGUCCAGCUCGUCGAGCACGUCUUCUUCUUAAUCCUCAAUUGUCAGCAGCUAAAGCCGCACUUCAUUCUCAUGUUGCACGUCAGAUAUGUGGCCGCGAAGAAGAACGCCGUGUUAUUCGACAUUUUUGCGCUCAAAAAUCGUCAAACGAUGAAAAUGGAAUUAUUAACAACCCUUGUCUCUAUAUCUACGGAGCGCCUGGUACAGGUAAAACAGCUGUCGUAACCAGUGUAACAAAUAUGUUCGUAGAAGAAAAUCGUUUUAAAGUUAUAUUUCUUAAUUGUAUGUCAACAGAAUUAGUUCGCGAUGUUCUUGAACAUAUUCUUGAACAAUUGAAUUGUAAAACAAAAUUAACAUUAAAAAACAUGUGGUCACUUGCAAUGUCUCAUGUUGAUAAGUCUCGUUUGCCUGUUUUACUUAUUCUGGAUGAAGUUGAUGAAUUACUUACAUCGAAUGACAUGGAAAAUGUUUAUAAACUACUUGAAUGGCCGCAUCAAAGUUCAAAUUUACUUAUGAUUGGGAUUGCUAAUUCGCUUGAUUUUACUGAUCGACUCUUACCUCGCUUACAACUGAAACCUGAACAUAAACCUUAUUUACUGCGUUUUUCACCUUACAAUCGUGAACAAAUGUUAUCCAUUGUUAAUGAUCGUCUUGGUUCAAUUGAAUUGUUCGAUCGUAAUGCGUUAAUGUUAUGUGCAAGUAAAGUAGCUUCAACAACAGGUGAUUUGCGAACUGUUUUUGAUGUUUGUCGUCAAUCCAUGGAAUUAGCUACGGAUUCACCAGCAAAAGCAAAUGUUAGUGUAAUUCAAAUGAUGGAAGUUUUUACAACUUCAACUCAAAAUACAAAUUCAUCAGAUCAUAUACAAACAAAAAGUCUACCAACAUUCGAAAAACUUCUUCUUUGCUCAUUAAUUGUUUGCAUGAGAGCCAACAAAAAACGUGUUUGUACAAGAGCUAAAUUACUUAUGGUGUUCCACGAUCUGUGUGAGAAACAUAAACUUCCAUCAACUGAUGGAUUAGAAUUUGAAGGUUUAAUCGAUGCGUUAGAAGCUCAUGGACUGAUUAAAAUUGCUCCAUCGAAAAGCAAGAUUAAACAAGACGAUCAGAUUCAUGGUAAAGUCGAGGAGAAUGUAUUGAUUGAUGCACUUCAGGAUCAAACCUUACUUGGCAUGGUUUUGCACAAUUGA